AUGCCUCACUACGCCGAAUCCAGAUUUCACCCUGUCCAUUCCUACCCUGACGAUCAACCAACGCCGGAACAGUUUCAGGGCUCAAAUGGCUACGAGACGGACCGAUUCGAAUUCGCUAGUGAUAUAACCCCGAAAGCUCCCAAGCGUCAGCGACGAGACCGAAAGCUCUACGGAAGCCGAGACGACUCACUCCUCACGUCUUCAACCUCAUCGGAUAGUCAGCGCCGCGAUGGCAAGAAAAUGAAAAGAUUGGGAUAUGAUUACAUUUUAAGUGUCAGAAACGACUCGUCGGACUUGGGAUGUGGUCUAAACGCGGUGCCUGACGAAUAUGGAGUGUGUUCCUGCGACGAGAAUUUUACCGAGCACCUAUCAGGCAAGUGUCCCCUCUCCAAUCUAAUUUUUCAUUCUCUCUCUUGUGAAGGAACCUACUGUGUCUCAUGUUCCUCCCUCUCACUGACAGGUCCUGGUGCCGAUGGACAAGCCUGCACGUGCCAUCCGUACGCCAAAGCCGACGACAACGGAGUCUGUCAAUGUUUACCAGGCUUUAAAAGAUUCAACGACGGAUUAGUGGACAUUUGCAUAUCGUGUGAUCAAGUCCAAGGGCUUUUCAGCAAUCCGGAAAGCUGCUCUUGCUCUAGUGGCUCCUCUAUCAACGAAUUUGGCGUAUGCAUGCCGGAUGAGAACGGUUUAUCCGCGACAACAUCUUCACCAACGUUAUCAACUACUAACACGGGAGAGACUACUGCCGCUCAAACCGAGUGGGGUAACUCUACCACCGAAUUAGACAGCACAACAGAUUUGAUGGAAGAUACCACUUCAGUGGAAACAUUAGCUAGCACAACAGCAAUAUCUGUUGACGACCAAACAAGCUUUAUUGGCGACUUCGGAACUACGCAAGAAAUGGCUUCGUUAAGUGAUUCUUACUCCAGUCAGACAACAGAAGAAUAUGCAUUCACUUCAGGAAUAACGUCGACUCUUGCCGCUUCAACGCUGGAAUCAGAAACAGAAAGUGUAACGGACUAUUUCACCGAAGAAAUUACGAGCGCUGAAACUCAAACUGCUGAAGUGACUUCAAUAAAAAUGGAAAGUGACGAAGCAACAACUGGGCCGAACUCUAUAUUCACCGACGUGCCAAGUGCGACGCCUGAGCAAACUGAUACAAUACCGCACACAACUGCAGAUAACACCUACCCAUCCAGCACCGAAAUUGCAACAACCGAGGAAAAUGAAGCCACGACUUUCACGACCGAAGUUUUCAUAAGCAACGGUACUCAACCAGAAGAGCUUGAGCCAACAACCUCUGCCGAAUCUCUUCUAACGCAAACAGAGCCUCUUACAGCUGCUUUUACUACUCAUGCUCAAACAACAGAAAUUUCGAUGACGACCGCACUUUCUGAUAAUUUCACAACAGCUGGAUUCUCAAAUGAGUCUGUCGUGGAUUGGCCCCUGAAAAGAUAUGGCGGAGUUCGAACUCGCACCCAAGUCUGCAACACGGACAACUGCGGAGUCGGCUCGACACGAACUGUAACUGAGUCUUGCAACGCGGCGUCGAGCUGUUUCGCCAUCGUUACUAAUAACGUGACCAUGUCCUUUGACCUGACGGUCAGUUUCUCCACCAACGCGACGUACAAUUCUUCAACUGAUGAUAAUAUAGACAUGAUUACGUCGGGAAUACGCGAUGCUCUGGAAAGUAUUGGUUCUUAUCUGGGCAGUUAUAACAUCAUGAUCAACGUCCAACCAACAACUGCAAGACGACGAAGAACAGCUGACCUGUCGAAUAUUGAAGACUAUCAUAUCGAAUCGGAAAUCUACCUCGAGGAAAAGCUCGAAAAGGAUAAAAUUCAGAGCUUGAGAUUACUCAAUGUCUCGGAUUUCUUGGAACGAUUCAACCUCUUGCUCGACGAAAAUGGCUACCAGGUCGAAUCUGAGUCCGACCCAGAAGUAGCCGUGGAAGAAAGUUUGAAGACGGACAAUUCUUUCGACCCAUCAGAUGGAAUUUCAUGCGCAGAUGUCAACGCUGAACCAGUUGGGGCUCAGUGCUUGUGCAGAUAUGGAUUCAAAGAUUAUGGCGUUGGAAGCGAAUUGGAACGCGGUGGACGCGAAGACGAUAUGAUUUUUGGCGAGUGGCAGGCGCAGAAGAUGCGCGACAAGGGACAAUCGACGAUUGGACAUAGAAUUGACCCAACUCUCGACAUCAACCCUCUUUACCGGCAGUAUUUGGCGAGGAAUGGAAUGAACAGAAACGAAACAACGGACGCGAUGGAACGAAGAAGAGAGCUCACCAGAGCUAUUGGAGCUGUUGUCAAGUGGGAUCAAUACAGAGAACACAACAAGCACGUGAUUCCGUUCUACUUCCAAGACAAUUACCCAGCCGAGUUGCGAGAGGACAUCAAGCGAGCUCUCUUUGAUCUUGGAUCGAAUACCUGCAUUGACUUCCGACUCGUCAACGCAAAGGACAGAAGUUACGACAGCAAGAUCAAAAUCACGAGUGGAUCGGGCUGCUAUUCCUACGUCGGCUUUCAGGGCGUGAGCGAACAGGAGAUCUCCAUUAGAUCGCUGGGUUGCGUCUCGAGAGGAACCGUUCAGCACGAAUUUAUGCAUGCGCUUGGAUUUUAUCACGAACAGGCUCGACCGGACGCCAAAAAUACAUCGAAGUCAAGGUAA